GAAAGUCUCCAUAUAAGUUGCUAUAUGAGAGUAUUUGAUUCUGACAGCAAGAAAUGGAAAUGAUAUCAAUCUCUCUGUGCUUCGCCACUAUCUUAGCAUUUCUCUUCCUAAAACAAAUACUCAAACGAGCCACCACCUCUAACCGUAACCUACCACCGUCUCCGCGGCGACUCCCAGUGAUCGGGAACCUCCACCAACUCAGCCUCCAUCCUCACCGUUCACUCCGUAACCUCAGCCACCGUUAUGGACCGCUCAUGCUACUUCACUUCGGUCGCGUCCCUAUCCUUGUAGUUUCGUCAGCUGACAUAGCUCACGAUGUCAUGAAAACACACGAUCUGAAGUUUGCAAACCGCCCGAAAACAAAAGCAGUCGAUAUAAUUAUGAACGGAGGGCGUGAUAUAGCUUUUUCCUCCUAUGGCGAAUACUGGAGACAGAUGAAGAGCUUAUGCAGUAUUCAUCUCCUCAGCAAGAAAAUGGUUAGGUCCUUUGAGAAUAUAAGAGAAGAGGAGAUUGUCGCAAUGAUGGAGAAGCUUGAGAAAGCUAGAUCAUCUUCUUUGCCGGUAAAUCUGAGUGAAUCUCUCCUGAAUAUGACAAACAAUGUGAUAUGUAGAAUUGCCAUGGGAAGAAAAUAUAGCCUAGAGGAAAACCCUAUGGAUUUUGCGACUUUAUUGAGAACAAUGAUGGAGCUUCUAGGCGCAUUCCCAUUUGGGGAUUACAUCAGGGGUUUGGCCUGGAUAGAUAAAAUCCGCGGUUUGGAUCGUAAAAUGGAAGAAGUAAGCAGGACGUUUAUGGAGUUUCUAGAAGGAGUAUUGCAAGAACAUGUAGAUGAAGGUGAGAAGAAAGAGACAUUUGAUUUUGUUGAUAUGCUGUUACAAAUUCAAAGAGACAAGACAAAUGGAUUCGAGCUCGAUAGAAGCGACAUCAGACUCAUCAUGUUGGUAACUAAGAUAAACCAACCAUCCUUUAACUUUGAAGAUAUUUUCGUAGCAGGAAUGAUAACAACUUACACCACUCUCGAUUGGGCAAUGAUGCGUCUUAUAAGACAUCCAGAGUGUAUGAAAAAACUCCAAGACGAGAUCCAAACAUAUUCGAGACAUAAGUUAUAUGUAUCGGAAGAACAAGUGGAGAGUAUGAAAUACCUAAAGGCUGUGAUUAAAGAAGUUCUUCGACUACAUCCUCCUGGCCCACUGUUAGUUCCUAGACAACUUAGCGAAGAUGUCAAACUGAAAGGAUAUGACAUUGCCGCUGGCACACAGGUACUCAUUAAUGCAUGGGCGAUCCAUCAAGACACCACAACAUGGGGACCAGAUGCAGAAGAGUUUAAGCCAGAUAGACAUUUGGAUCAACCUUUGGAUUUUUCAGGACAAGAUUUCAAGUUCAUUCCAUUUGGAUCGGGAAGAAGGCUAUGCCCUGGAAUAGGAUUUGCUAUGGCUUUAAUAGAGGUGACAUUGGCCAACCUUGUGAACAGGUUCAACUGGAAAGUGGAGACUAGACCCCUUGGAGAUGAUGAUCAAUACUAUCUAGCUGAAGCGACCGGUAUCGAAGUUUGCCGCAAGUUCCCGUUAUUUGUCUUCCCAUCUUUGGCUUCAUCUACUCUUUAGGGUGCAAUGAGAAUCAAUGUCUCGGCUAAAAGUAGCCACUUGGCUGACUUUUUCCCUAUCAAAUAAAAACUGUAUUUUCCACUAAGGUGGAUAUUAGUUUUUCUCUUGGUUCACUUGGUAAUGGUGUGCUCUUGUUAAUCUGGUCAGUGUCUGAUAUCCCAGAUUUUUUUUAUCUUCUUUUUAUAAAUUUAUCUUUGAAUUUUCAUUUUGAUUGGUCGCAAAUUUUUGGUUAAUUAAGAGAUUCUAGAUCAAAUAACUAUAUGGUCAAUAUGAAAAUGUAUUAACAUGUGUUAUAUAGUUAAAUCCGACAGUAUAGUAUUCAAAAACUAAUACUUUCAAAUAGAAGAUAGACCUAGACCUAGACCAAUUGAAUUGAUCCAUAUCAAUUGAAACAUGGACUAGAUUUGAUCAGAUUAGUUUAAAUUGGAAUGGGUUGUUGGUCUCCUAUUUGUAACAGCUUGGUUUUCUAUUUAUAACAGGUCGGUUUUUGGAACUAGGUUACCCAAUUCUGACGUCUGAUUCUCUAUUUUGACAAUAACAAUUUGAGUAUAAUGUUAACUGCAUACACAUGUUACGUGAUAUAUCUCGUUAUGUUAACAGUUUAAUUCGCUUAGUUAAAAUUACAUUUGGAUUAUAUUAAUAUUCUUUAUGUAUGUGAUUACGUAAUGAUUGAUAAUUGAUAUAGGUGAUAAUUUUUUUGGGGGUUAAAUUAUUCUCAUUCACAUAAUUUUUUCUUUUUGUCAAAUUGUCAUAUCAUUAAAACCCCAUUAUAGGCUAACGAGAUUACAAGUACGUUCAUAAAGCACAAUAUCCAUCAAAACUACAAGCCAGACAAAAAAGAAAUCUAAAGGCCAAGAUCCAAUUUACUAAUCUGAAACCGCCUAACCGCCUUCAAGCUAUGUGUUUGAAGUCACACGUCAAGACAUCUGAAGCUCUUUUCCACACUUCAUCCUAUGCUUUUUGCAUGGAUCUGCAAGUUUGCAUUGUCCAACACGCCGACACGCGCCUCCAUGUGUGAUGGAGAUCCGGUAUUGCAACAUCGCCGGUAAAUCCAUUACUUCCAUGCCCGACUUUGAUGAACAAAAAAAGCUUAAAAAAUACAAGAAUUUCAAAUAAUAAAAACAAUAUGAAUCUAAAGCACUUUUCAUUACAUAUGAAUCUAACAAUAUGAUUUCAAAAUGGAAGCUAUUUCUUUCAAAAAAAAUUAUCAAUAAUAAAUUUAGUAAAAAAAAUUGCCAAACAACUAAAAGAAUCAGUUUAUUAUAAGAAAUAAAUAUUUGAAAGAUCAACAUAAAAUUAAGUAACAAAAAUAAUCUUAAAAAUAUAAAGAUUUCAAAUAAUAAAGACAAUGUAAAUCUAAAUCACUUUUUCAUUACAUAUGAAUCUAAAUAACAUAUGAUUUCAAAAUUGAGGAUAUAUAUAUAUAUUAUUUAAGUGUUCACAUAGAAUUUAAAAAUAUCAUUAUAUAAAAGUUGAGGUUAUAAGCUAUCGAAAGCGUCUACAUAAGAUUUAAACGACCAAUCGUAGUGUGACAAAUCAUUAUUUAAGUUUACUAUUUUAAAAAUGUUAAUAUUACCAAAAAAUGUUUAUUUCAAACUAAAAUAUAAAUCAAAAUCAAAUAAGGUAAAUUUACAAAAAUAUAAAUACUAUAUUAAGUUAACAUAAUGUUUAAUAUUUUUCGAAAAUUAAAAAAUAAAUAAUGAAAAGAUUAAUUAAUUUAAAAAUACACGACUUUUAAACAAGUAUAACUAUAUAAAUCUAAAUUUAAACUCAUGAUUUUCAAAAUUUAGGUUAUAUCUUGUACUAUUGAAAAUAUUGAAAAAAACAUAUACUAUAUAUAAGUUGAUAUUAUAAAUCAUUGAGAAUGUUCACAUAUUAGUUUAAAGCACCAAAAAUAUACCAAAUCGUUUUUUAAUUUGGUAUUUCUAAAAAUGUUAAUAUUACGAAAUUUUUUAUUCUAAAUUAAAAUAUAAAUAAUUAUCAAAUAAGUUAAACUUACAAAAUUAAAAACAUCAUGUACAAAUAUAUACUAUAUAAAAUAAAGUUUCGAAAAUUAACAUAAAAAUAACAAACAAAUAUGAUAGUUAAUUUAAAAAUGCAAUACUUUCAAACAAUUAUAACUAUAUAAAUCUAAAACACGUGAUUUACAAAACUUAGGUUAUAUACUGCUGGAAAUAUUCAACAAAAAUACGUACUAUAUGUAAUUUGAUGCAAUAAUUCAUUGAGAAUAUCCACAUAUUAUUUCAAAGCACAAAAUAUGUCAAAUUACCAUUUUAAUUAUUAUUUUAAAAUUUCAAAAUUUUCAAAAAUGUUUAUUUCAAAAUAAAAAGGAAACUACUAUUCAAUUUAGUGAAAAGGAAAAAUUAUUAAAAGAAUAAAUUUGAUAUAUAAAGUAAACCGUUAAAAGACCAACAUAAAAUUAACUAACAACCAAAAAUUCUUAAAGAAUACAAGAUAUCCAAAUAAUAAAAAUAAUAUGAAUUUAAAGCACUUUUCAUUACAUAUGAAUCUAACAAAAUAUUAUUUCAAAAUGGAAGCUAUUUCUUUCAAAAAAAUAUCAAUAAUAAAUUUAGUAAACAAAAUUGCCAAAUAACUAAAAUAAUCAGUUUAUUAUAAAAAAUAAAUUUUUGGAAGAUCAACAUAAAAUUAAGUAACAAAAAUAAUCUUAAAAAUAUAACGAUUUCAAAUAAUAAAGACAAUGUAAAUCUAAAUCACUUUUUCAUUACAUAUGAAUCUAAAUAACAUAUGAUUUCAAAAUUGAGAAUAUAUAUUAUUUAAGUGUUCACACAGAAUUUAAAAAUAUCAUUAUAAUAAUAUAAAAAUCAGCAUCUUAAUUUGAUAAAGUAAAUAAAAAGAUUAUUUUAUUAAAGUUAAUUAACUUGAUAUAUAAAACAAGUGUAUAUUUGAAUUUAAA